AGAGCGAGAGAAAGGGAGGGCGAGAGGAGAGCGCAGGCGGCGAGGAAGAGAAGCCAGGCGUGCGAGCGCGGGGAAACACGCAUCCCGGGCAGCCGGCAGGAGUGGGCCUGAGCUAAUCCGACCCCUUCGGAGGAUCUGCCGCCUGCUGCCAUCGGUAAGGCGCCUCCUGGAUCCAUCCACCACCCCUUUCCACCACACGCAUACGCCGCCUCUCUCCUCCGCCUCCUCCUCGUCCUCCGCCCCCCGCGACUGACCACAUUUCCCUGACACAAUGAAAGCCGUUUUGUAGACGGAGCAGCAACGUGCCUAGCCCCCUGCUUGCAUUCUUGCAUCUCGCGAUGUGAGCGCGCCGCAGCUCAUCGCGGAAGAGACAGCCGGAGGGAGACGUGGAGGGGUGGGCGCGAGAGAGAGAGAGGUGGCGAGGCAGAGCGGAGGAAGCGGGGGGCUAUGUGGUGUCAGCGACACCAGAAGAUUUGCUGAACCAUGAUGAAGACUGAGCCCCAUAAUAGUCCCGGUGGCAGCAGCAGCGGCAGCAGUAGCGGCGGCGGCGGCGGCAACGGAGGGACCUUGCGGAGUGCCUCGCCUCACCGGAACGCCUACGAAGCCGGCAUCCAAGCCUUGAAAGCCCCCAAGGAUGCCCUUGGCAACCCCGAGAGCGAGGAGGCCAAGAAAGCCAGGAGCAAGAAGUAUGGCUCCAACGUCCACCGGAUCAAGAACAUGUUCCUGCAGAUGGGGACUGCGCCGCCCGCGGGCGAGGGGGCGGUCGACCUGGCCAAGCUGAAGGAGAAGCCCGUCCGCUUGUCCUUGCCCCGGGCCAGCAGCCUGAAUGAGAAUGUCGACCACAGUGCCUUGCUGAAGCUGGGCACCAGCGUCUCCGAGCGGGUGAGCCGCUUCGACUCCAAGACAGACAAGCCGCUGUCCAAGCUCCAGGAGACCCGGAAAAUCUUCGAGAGGAGCCUCCAGGAGAAGGAAACCACCAACAAGCUCCUCCUGAGGAAGGAGAGAGCAGGCUUCCAGGACAGGAAGCUGGACGUGGUGGUGAGGUUCAACGGGAGCACGGAGUCGCUGGACAAGCUGGACACCGACGCGGUGUCGCCCACGGUCAGCCAGCUCAGCGCGGUCUUCGAAAAGGCUGACCUCAGGAACAACCUGCACAAAGCCCCCGGCAAAGUUGGGCCCCUCAACUCCAAGAUCGUCAGCAAAAGGUCCAGGGUCUUCCUUCAGGCGUCGGACGGGGGUGCCAAGGGGGAAGUGAGGAGCAGCGAGGGGCCCACGAUCCAGGUGAGAAGCAGGCCGCUGGAGGCCGAGAAAGCGCAGACCAAACUUCCCGCUGCUGGACCAGGAGCCGGGAAGCCAGGGGACAAGGAUGGAGCGGGGGGCCUGCGCCCGCAGAAGGUCCAAGAGGUGCGCAAGAUCAAGCCUGUGGAAGUGGAGGAGAGCGGGGACUCGGAGCAGGAAUUCGAGGCGGCGGAGGUGGCCGUGGCACUGGCGGAAGAGCACAGCAAGGCCUCCAAAGGGUCCGAGGCCGCCAGGGCCAAGGUGAUACAGGCCGAGGUGACGGUGCACGCUGCCUUGGAGAAUGGCCGGCCGUCAGGCGAGAGACACCUAGAAACCCCAGAUGCAUUGGCUGACACGUACUGUGAGGAUGUGGCCAAGGCUGAGGGACCCGAGGAGAAUGACCUGGGUGAUGAGUCUAAGAAGGAGGACUUCUCUGAGGCUGACCUAGUGGACAUUAGUGCCUACAGUGGGCUGGGGGAGGACUCGGGGGGGAGUGGGUUGGAUGAAGAUGAGGAUGCUGAUGGACUGUACGCACCCGAAUCCAGCUGUGUGGAGAUUGCUGGGCUGUCAGAAGAGGAUGAGGCCGCCCCCAACCGCAAGAUCCACUUCAGCACAGCGCCCAUCCAGGUUUUUAGCACCUACUCCAAUGAGGAAUAUGACCGGCGGAAUGAAGAUGUCGAUCCUAUGGCUGCCUCGGCAGAGUAUGAACUUGAGAAGCGAGUGGAGAGGUUAGACCUGUUUCCUGUGGAACUGGAGAAAGAUUCUGAGGGUCUUGGGAUCAGCAUUAUCGGGAUGGGAGCCGGUGCUGACAUGGGCCUAGAAAAACUUGGCAUCUUUGUCAAGACAGUGACAGAAGGAGGAGCAGCUCACAGGGAUGGCAGGAUCCAGGUGAAUGACCUCAUCGUCGAGGUGGAUGGCACCAGUUUGGUGGGCGUGACCCAAAGCUUUGCGGCCUCGGUACUGAGGAAUACCAAGGGUAGAGUCCGAUUCCUCAUUGGCAGGGAGAAGCCAGGGGAGCAGAGUGAGGUGGCGCAGCUCAUCCAGCAAACACUGGAACAGGAGAGAUGGCAGCGGGAAAUGAUGGAACAGAGGUAUACUCAGUACACAGAGGAGGAUGAAGAAACAGGUGAAUAUGCUACCGAUGAAGAUGAAGAAAUGAGUCCCAUGUUCCCCAGCAGUGAGAUGGCCAUUGAAGUCUUUGAGCUGGCUGAAAACGAAGACAUGCUGUCUCCAGUGGAGAUGGACCCUGAAAAGCUGGUGCAUAAGUUUAAGGAGCUCCAGAUCAAGCAUGCUGUGACUGAGGCUGAAAUACAGCAGCUGAAAAGAAAGCUGCAAUCUAUUGAACAAGAGAAAGCCCGUUGGCGCCUUGAGAAAGCCCAGCUAGAGCAGAGUGUGGAAGAGAACAAGGAGCGUAUGGAGAAGCUGGAGGGCUACUGGAUGGAGGCCCAGAACCUGUGCCAAGCUGUUGAUGAGCACUUGAAAGAGACCCAGGCCCAAUAUCAGACUUUGGAGAGGAAGUAUAGCAAAGCAAAGCGACUCAUCAAGGAGUAUCAACAGAAAGAAAUUGAAUUCCUCAAGAAAGAGACAGCUCAACGUCGCAUCCAGGAGGAGUCCGAACUGGCCCACAAGGAGGAAGUUGACAAGUUGCAAGAGAAGAUCUCUGAACUGGAGGCGAAGCUGCAGACUUUGAAAAAUUCCAACCCGACUUAAAAAAAAAAAAAAAAAAAGAAACAGAGAGCAGAAAAACAUAUAAACCAACCAGAGCAAUUAA